AGUGCGUCGCAAUUUAUCCUUUUCUGUAUCGCGCUGGAUUUUCGUUUUUUCCCCAUCUGCCAAUCUGGCAGAGCCGUUCGAAAAAGUGCUGAAAAAUGCCUUCUCCAGGCGACCCAGAAGCUGCGGGGACGGCACAAAGUACGCCCAGUAUUCCAACCGUCGUGGUAGAACCUGCGGACGAUUCUACACCUAAGCGUGUCAUCCUUUACCCAGUACUGGACCUUGAGAAUGAGAAGCCGACGCAUAGUUCAGCUGUCGCACCUCGAGCGGAAUUGGGUAUUCCCAGCGCUAAUGAUACCUUCGAUCCAACUCACACACCAACAAUAUCGUACCGAAAACGACCCAUCUCAGUAGUUUCCAAUGGUAAAGCUCCAGUGAUGCAGCGAGCGGUUUCCUAUCAGCCCUCGAUGGGGGGGCACUCCCAUCGAUCCCAUGGAUCAUCCUCGGCCAACGAGCACUUGGUCCCACCACCGUCCACGCCUGAGGAGAAAAAGAAGUUCACCCUCCGAUAUAUGGCCGUAGUAACGGCAAUCAGUUACACAUUAUUUCUGAUCGUAUUUGGCAUAAUUGCUUUUGUGACAGAUGCCGUAGAAAACAAUAAGCGCUAUCCUCUUGCUGAGGUGUUCGGGUUGUAUAUGGUUUCAGUUGGAAUUAUCUACUUCGUAUUUUUAUAUGUCAAUAUACGAAUACACGUGCAUAGGACCCAAAAGGCUAUCGAAGAGCUGGAACGAAGGCAGCAAGCCUACGAUGAAAUGAUGGCCAGGACGUCGACGCAGUUUAACCACGGUCCUUUGGCACUGAACCUCGAUGCUCCGCAGAAGAAUACAGCCCACGACUGGAACCUACCCAAACUUCAACCAGUACCUCAUCGAUACUGCUUUGUCAGUGGAAGACAUGGAGAGUUUAUUUACCUCAAGCUGGGAGCGACUUGGUUCUGCUUUGGAUUGCUGAUCCAUUCGAUACUUUUACUAUCGUACCAAGGAAUUUUGAUGAACAGCACCGAUGGAAAAUGGGCCGCUUGUGCAUCGAAUGUCACAAUUGCGUUGGAGGUGCUGUUCCUAUGUUAUUGCUUAUUUUUGGUUUUCUUUUUUUGGAAGUACGCAAACGUGGUGAUCAACCAUUAUCGAGGAUUGGCACGGUUUGGCUUAAUGCACGCCAUUGGAACAGCUCUGGCCUUCUGGAUUUACACAAUUGUUCGAGAAACUGCCUUGGCAAUCAGAAUAAAGCAAUUGUACGAAAAUGAUGAUGCCGUGAGCGUUAUAGAACGGGCUUUUCUUAUUUGUCCAGGACCGGAAGACCUGAACGAUAUUUUGGUGACGUUUUCGCCGUAUCUGUAUCCGUUUGUGAUUGAGUUCAACAUUUUGAUCGUGGGUUUGCUGUACAUGAUCUAUUCGAACAUCAAUCACUGUCCCAAGAAAUUGUCAGUCAAAGGACACGCUGGCCAUGGGCAUGGACAUGGUCAUGGCAGUCAACGAAGUGUACACUCUGAGGACCAGGAUAGUGUUUGCUCGGAUGUGCAGGAUAAUUCCAUCGAUCACGAUUCGGAGGUGAAAGGAAAAAUGGUUAUCUACGGCGAUUGUCACGCUUCAAGCCGAGGAUUAUUUGCUGGACUGUUGCUGAUUGUGGCAACCGUUGUCGUUAUGAUUCUGUUUCACAUAGCAGCCAGAGAUGAUGAUUAUCGUGAAACAGGCAUACUUCUGGAUUCCAUCUUCGAACUCACGGUUUUAGUGAUCAUGUCACUUGCUGCAAUACUGGCGUACUUCCAAACCUCCAAGCUGGACAUCAAUCAACACCCCAUUUCCCGCAUGGACGACGUACUGCUGUUCAUAGCGAUCCCAGCGUUUUUCUCCGAAACUCUGUUCAGUAUGAUCCCGGCCUUCGAGAAUCAGUCUAUUCUCAAUGGUUUCAUAAUAUUCACGCAGAUACUGCAAAUCCUCAUUCAAACCCCGUGGAUUAUUGACGCGCUGCGUCGUUGCUCAAACUCCCCUGAACUUCGGAAAAAGAAACCCGGCAAAGAACUUGUUACCUUCAUGACGAUAGCCAACGUAUCAUUGUGGAUCUACUACACGUUCAGCGUCAAAACUGGUGAUUUUGGUGACGAAAGAUACGAAUUCUACGGUGACGUCUUGUGGUCGAUUUUAAAUCAUCUUUCGUUGCCGCUGAUAAUGUUCUAUCGGUUUCACGCUUCCGUGUGCCUGGUGGAUGUCUGGAGACAUUCAUACGAACCCGGAGAAUUCGCUCACUGAUGCGAGCCGGAGUAAAUGCUACGAUAUUACAAGAUGAAGCAGAACAUCUAUCUGCUGGGUCCGAUGGAACGCACCACGCAGGAAGAGGAAGAGAAUGACGUUAAUCUGGAAGUAGAAGUAGAUACUAUAGAUAACGAACUAGUCGCUACUGCGAUAGGAAAUAAUGAUACCAAAGUUAAUCAGACCAAUGUCGUACGGACACCGAUAAAGACAUGUGCAUACAUUUCAUUAGACGUUAA